CCCUUGGAUUAUCCCUUAUUUCCCAUUCGUUUCUCUUCAUUGAGUUCAUUCACUUCGUAAUCGAGCUCUCCCAUCUUUCUUCUUCUCCGAUCGAUUCUCCUGACCUCUUCCUCUCAAUUGUUUCAUUUUUUUCAUUUGCCUGUAGUCGUUUCAGUCUUCAUCUCUGAUUGUUGUAAUUUCUCCAGUAAUCCAUCUGUUCCACUUUAUCGAUUCCCCGCUAUUUCAUCACUCCCAUCCCUGAACCCACACAUCUGGCGUUGCCUAUCGAAGAGAAAUGAAAUGACAUCAUCCUAUCCGUACAUGGAAUUGAACAACGACUCCAGUAAAGCCAGUUAAUUUGUCAAAUUUAAUCAACUAUUUCUAUGCAAGGGGAUGGGGACAAAAGAGAGUUAAUUAUGAAUGAGAUAUAACCAGAAGUUUGGGCAGCCAUGAUAAGAAUUUUAGGUUCUUCCGUUUAAGAGCUGAUCAGCAUAUCCUGGAAGAAGACCAAUGACUCUAGGAGCACCUUCACCAUUCCAGCAAAGGGAUAUUGAAUAUAAUGAAUUUAGAUACAUACUUUGCUUUAUAAAGUUCCAGAAGACAUUGAGUGAAGUAGGCGGAUCAUGCCUAUAAUUAAACUUUGACGUGCAUUUCCCUUACUUUUGCGUCUCUUUUUUUGUGUGACUAUUGCUGGCAAUUGUCAUGGUCUCUUUCCCUUUUUUAUAUUUAAUAACCUACUACAGGAUCUAUAAUGGAUAGUAUAGGUGUUUAUGAAUACCUGAAAUGUAAUACCUAAAUUACUUUACUUUCCAUAAAUAAUAACUAAUAAGUAUAAAUUUAUACGUUCUCGCAUUCACACACUAACAUUGAUAAUUGAUGAUAAUAAUAAGAGAUAUAUGUGUAUUUGAUCUUUAAAUAACUGUUUUAAAGAACAACUGAUUUUGUGUAAGGUUGCAUUUUUCCUUGACAUCUCAAGGAAAAUGGUAGGGUCAUGUUUUCACUUCAUUCAUUAAGGGAUCACCAUUCAUCAAACUGAUUAGAACAUCUUCCUUCACAUUAUGCUCUUAUCUAUUUGCAAACCAGCUUUGAUGUUAAUGUGUUUUUAACUACGAUGUAAGAGAACUCCUAAUUUAUCUUAAAGGGUGUUUGUUUACAAUUAGAGUCUUUAUUAUAAAAGUUAUCUAUUUUAUCAUAAGGAAACUCCUAAUUUCCAUACAAUAAUGGAUAUGCUACCACAAUAUGUGAGUUUUUUAAAGUUUAGCAAUGGGAUGUAUCAUGUAUGUAACUUUGUUACCCCUAAAAAUGUCGUUUUAAUAUGUUUUUGCUCUUUACUUGCAAUGUUCCUUAAUAAGGAACUGAAUAAAACUGAAUGUAGGUUUGUUGUGUUGCUGCCUAAUUUAAGUGUGUUUGUUUGGGUGAUCAUAGCAGAGGGAUUUCCUGCCAACCAUAUUCAUCCUUCCACGACGUUUGCUUCAACAUGUGUAACCAUCAUCAUGAUUGUUAUGAUGUUAUUAGGUUUAUGAUUGUUAUGUUAUUAUCAUCAUCAUGAUAUUAUUAGGUUUCUAAAUACAUGGGGGUCACCAUGGAUGUCCGCACUGAGCUCUACAACCUUGACCAUCUAGGGAUGUCAAGGACUACCUCUCCGCUGAUCUAACCUUUAUCCCAGCCAGAUACUUCAUCUUCUCGCUAACUUAUUUCGGAUUCACAGCCUUAUGGGUCUACAUCUGUUGCGGGAACAGGGGAUUAAAGCGACUCUAAUGAAACUGCAUCUACUUCAUCAUCUUUGAUAAACACAAUAAGAGAAAGAAAACACGAGUUCCCAGGUUGAAACUAGAGCCUGUUGUUUACACCUUUGCACGGGUGAAAAAAAAUCUAGAGGAAGAUGUGGUUCGUGCUUCCUUUACUAUUUUGAAUUAUAAACUAUGCUCAUGAAUACUUUUGUAACGGUUACUUGUUUUGGGCCUGCGAGCCUACGUUUUGCCAAUCGUGGCCUAUGAUUGACUAUUGGAUAUUUCCGCUAUUUAUUCAAUAUAUGAUGUGAUGUUAUUAUGUAUGUUUA